UUCUAAAUGGCUCUCGAACAUCGCGUCGUCAAAGCACGGAAGCUUUGUUUUCGCUUCGCCUUCAAGCCGAAAGAAACAGAGAGAUAUGGGAGGAGCUCAGGCUUUGAAAAGAAUCCCACGCAUCAAGUUUCCAAAGAGACACCCCAAAUCCUCUGGGUCUCAAGAGGCAUCUACCACUGCAAAUGCUGAUGAAACUUUCUUCUCGAGAAUAAAGGCUUCCUCAAUGACUGUUGGAGGGAAAGCUUCUCUUCAACCUAAACGGACUCCUCUCUCCAAUGAGGAGAUUGAUGCAAUCUUGUUGGGUGGCUGCAUCUAAUCUUCUCAUGGAGCUUCAGUAAGGGGAUUGGUCUCCUUUUUUUUCUUUUUUUUUUUUCAUUUUCUUGAAACACCGGAAAUUUUUCUAAUGUUUUUGCUUUAUAUGCAACCUUUUCAGGUUUAUUCAUCAACUAAAUUCUCAAUGUUAAACAAAACAAAAGAUACUGAGAAAAGAAAUUAACUUCCUUUUGUCCAUGUUGUCCUUGGUUGCUGUUUGAUGUUGUAUGAUCUUUACAAACAUAAUUUAUUUCCUUCUUAGUUGGAACCCUCAAAAAACAUAGACAAUGCAUAUGAACAAAGACAUGAAUAAAACAACAAAAUAUAAACAGGAAGUUCAUUGCUGUUC